GUCUUCAUCAGUCCUUUGUCUUUCCUAUGCCACAUUCUCUGUCUGUCUUCAUAGCUGUCCUUUGUUCUCUUCCGGUCUUAAAAUAAUGUCACUCGCAUUAACAUUUCACCCCCCAAUCUGUCUUCUUCUCCUCCUUUCUAUCGCCAUUUCGAUCCACAGAAGCAUCAACAAUGUCUUCUCUGCAGCAACUCCUCGCAGAAGACAUGUUCGAGGAUGCGAAAAUCUCGAAACACUGGGUGAAGCUGAAGCAGAUGACUGGUUCUAGAGAUGAAGCCUCCCUCCCGAUAUACAUCUGCCGCGAUGCGCGGAGCGUUUCCGAGCGAAGACAGCCUAGGCCUGGCCGCCGGAGGAGCAGCUCUUGUUCGGAGAGAUUGGAGUUGGCUCAGGUCGCGUUGGACAGCACCCCGAGUAGGAGAGAUCACAGGCCCCAGGAGGCUGCCGUCGAUGAAGUCGCCAUAAAGGCGGUGGUCUCGAUACUUGGCGGCUACAUUGGACAGUACUUGAGGGACCAGGGCUUCCGGGCAACCAUCCGUGAGAAGUGUAGUUCCUGCUUGGGGAGGAACAGAACAGAGGAGAUUGAUCAUAAGGGGAUAUUUGCAAACUUGGAAUCGGGCAUCGAGAGCAUCGAGAACUUAGUUGCGUGUUCAGGCUCAGACCAGGGGGCUGGGAAGGAGUUAAGGAUGAAUACAUUAAGGAAUGCCAUUAGACUUCUCAACAUCGUGGCAUCGUUAAACUCUAAGGACUCCGUUAACAGCAUGACAUGCGGGAUCCCCAAUUCAUAUCUCUCGGCGUGUGCGCAGCUCUACUUGUCAGUAGUCUACAAGAUCGAGAAGAACAACAGAAUCUCCGCUAAGCACUUGCUUCAGGUGUUCAUAGACUCGCCGUUCCUCGCACGGGCCCAUCUGCUUCCGGACCUCUGGGAGCAUCUCUUUCUUCCCCACCUACUCCACAUUAAGGUCUGGUACAGCAGGGAAGUGGAGUUCCUUUCUGGUUCCAUUAGUCCUAAAAAGGACAAGAGAGCGAAGGAGCUGGGCAGAGUGUACAAUAACCAAAUGGACGUGGGCACCGCCCAUUUCGCUCUCUACUACAAACAGUGGCUCAAGGUCGGGGCUGAGGCCCCUCCGGUUCCUGAUGUACCAGUGCCAUCAGGGCCCAUGUACCGGCGGUCGAGGAGGAAGUCAUCCGAUUCUUAUUCCUCCAUCGACAAAAACUUGUACCAGGCUGUUUUCGGUGCUAAGCAUGACCGACGAAGGUCAAUGGAUCCUGAGUUACUAAGAGAGCAAAAUUCAAAUAGAAAGGGGGAGCUUGAGGGAGACUGGAAAGGAUCCACGAAUGCAGAAAGCUACAAUUACAGCAGUUGUGAUCAUAAUGGAUCAAGCAGUAGAUCAAGGAGCGUAAAACAUAGUAACCCACAACCUGAACUCUGGCUUGAGACACAGAGAUCUAACUACUUUCCGUUCUUCCCCUGUCAAAGCUUGCCCAUGGAGUGCUCAGUUAGUGGAAACCUCAGUUCAAGUAAUGAUCAGAUAAGACAUGAUGAAAGUCAUGGUGGCCUCUCCAGCAACCUGGGCCGAGCAAUCUUGACUAUCUGUUCAUCUAAUGAUCUGACUGAGUGUGAGAUCUCUGUCCAAGUGAUCGCCAAAGCAAGGCUCAGCUCAAACGGUGACCCUGUAAUUGAAGCUUCAGUAUCGAGGGCCCCUGUGGUCAAAGGGAUGGUCGAGGUCCUGUUUGCUUCGGAAGACGAUGCGGUCCUGGAGCUGGCAAUAUCGUUACUUGCUGAAACUGUUGCAAAGGACAAAACAAAUGCCCACAUAAUACUCAACUCCGACCCACAGCUUGAAGUAUUUUUGAGGCUUCUCCAACGAACUAGUGUUUUUUUAAAAGCUGCAGUUCUGUUGUACCUUUUGAAGCCCAGGUCAAAGCAGAUGAUAUCGACAGAAUGGAUCCCGCUAGUCCUUCGGGUUCUGGAGUUUGGCGAUCAAUCACAGACCCUUUUCACUGUUCGGUGUGCUCCCCGAGCAGCAGCUCUCUACCUCCUAAACCAACUUCUUUUAGGCUUUGAUGAGGACAAGAGCAUGGAGAAUGCCCUCGAGGUAGUAUCCCUAGGGGGCUUGGGAUUGUUAAUAAGAAGAAUCGAGGCAGGAGAUUUCCAAGACAGGAGCAAUGCUGCUCUGAUCACCCUGUGCUGCAUUCGUGCUGAUGGAAGCUGCCGAAAUUACGUAGAGGAGAACUUGAACAGGGCCUCUUUACUAGAUCUUAUCCAACUCGAGUUCAACACCAAUUCUCGAAGCGCUCUAAAUCUACUGGCAGAGCUGCUUUGCCUUAACAGAACGCGGCAAAUAAAGUUAUUGGAAGAAAUCAAAAGCGGAGCAGGAGUAUUGAACAUAAUGCAUAUCUUAUUAAUCCACCUCAUGAAAGCGUCACCACAAGAACGCCCGAUCAUCGCAGUGGUCCUAUUGCAGAUCGAUCUUCUGGGGGAUCUUACAAAAUGCAGCAUAUUCAGGGAAGAGGCUGUGGAGGCGAUCACUGAAACUCUGGACUGUCGUUACUGCAACGAAAAGGUCCAAGAGAAAGCUGCAAGAGCUCUUUUGAUGUUGGCAGGCCAUUUCACGAGUAAAGGAGAAGCAUCUGCUGAGCAAUGGCUUCUCCAACAGUCGGGUUUCCACGAGUAUUCAGGGGACGCAUUUCACAGCAAAGAUCCGGUCCAUGAAAACGGCACCCACUUGAGCGAAGGGAAAGAGGAGGAAAGCAAAAGAUGGCUCGGAAGAACGGCAACCGUGCUGCUCAGAAGUGGUCACAAGAGGUUUUUGACUGCCCUGUCUUCUUCUAUAGACAAUGGAAUUCCAGUACUUGCUCGGGCUAGCUUAGUCACGCUGUCGUGGUUGAGCGUUUACCUCCCCUGCAUGGAAGAUAAGGAUUUAAAGUCCACAGCAUGCUCAAUAUUCGUCCCACAAAUGCUCGAGUCGAUAAACUAUGACAGAGCACUGGAGGAGAGAGUGUUGGCUUCACUUUCACUGCUCAAUCUUGCAAAGAGCUCAGGUCUGCUUAAUCUCCUAUUCGCACUAACCGAAGAGUCGAUGAGUCAUCUCCGGAACCUUUCCCUGGUGACAAGGACCGCCAGUGAGCUGAUUUCUAUCAUCACAACCGGUUCCAAACGUCAAUAGUGCGUUCAGCUGUUGGAUUUCUCGCAGUGGGUAUGUGCAGAUAUCCCGGAUCUUCCAAGGCUAGGAUCAAAUCUGCAAUACCCAGGUUUUGCCUUAUGUAAAUCCCUAACACUUUCCAUCAAUUGUUCCUGAAAACCCUAUCCCAUUGCACGUUUAUCGAGACCUUCCAGAAAUAGUUUCUUCUAGACAAUAGAGCUACGUAGUGUGUAUUCGGUCAGUAUCUAGUGCAUAACAACCUGAUGAAUGAUCUUGGCCCAAUGCUUUCUAUCCUCAAAUGCGGGGUCCAAUUUUCAUUCAGCUGGUUUGAUGGCGUUAAUACUGUCUAAAGUAACUCUGCAGUUUCGACCUGAGGCUGAUAUUGAGCUGGCCCAGCGAUAUGAAUGUAUUUAAGUAAAUUGUCGCUCUGUAA